AUGGUCGAACUCACACCUGAGGAGUGUUUCAUGGUGUCGAUCUACGACAUCCUUCAACACCGGCGUACCUGCCCAGAUGAGGGCUGCAAAUUCCACAAGGCAGCCUGGCGACAAGAUUGUGAAAAAGAGUUGGUAUUUCGCAUCAUUCAGAAGAUCAUACAAGCUGAGGAAGCGCUCGCACGGGAGGGCACCAUGUAUGAAGAUUCAAUCAAAGUUGCUACCGCUUUGAGGGCAUUCAAACUGCUUUGCUUGGAGCAAUUUUGGAGCUUCAUGGACCCCGACGUCGCAGUUGACAACAUGCUCAAAUUGCUGUUCGCCAAUCCAGACACUCAACAAGCUGGCGAGGCUACGAACAACACGACAGCAAGACUUCGCAAGAAGUGA